GCUCUGUGUGUGUCUCUUGGCCGUGGCUGCUGGGGGCCGGCUCGGUCCACCUCCAUGGGGCCACGGGCCCACACGUGAGCACGGUGCCAUGGCUGAGGGCAGUGAGCUGAUGAGCAGGCUCAUGAGCGAGAACGCCGACCUGAAGAAGCAGGUGCGCCUCCUGAAGGAGAACCAGAUGCUGAAGAGGCUGCUCAGUGAGAGCUGCCAUGACAGCUGCAGCCGUGGGGCCAGGGACCUGUUCUUUCCCAGGGCCCCCGCCUACCCUGAGGCCUGCUCCCCAGCUGGUGGAGUUUCAGAUUUUGGAAGGUUCACCAGUGUUCCAGACAUGCCCUCCCAGCUGCAGACAUCCUCCCUGGAGGACCUACUGUGCUCACAUGCCCCCCUCUCCAGCGAGGACGAUGCCUCCCCAGGCUGUGCAACCUCUGCCCAGGCACCUUUCAAGACCUUCCUCAGCCCCCCGGACCUGCGCACCCCUCGAGGUGCAGACAGGAAACUGUCCCCACUCCUGAGCCCCUUGCAGGACCCGCUGGCGGAUAAGACCCUGCUGGAACCCAGGGAGAUGGUUCGGCCUAAGAAGGUGUGCUUCUCAGAGAGCAGCCUGCCCACUGGGGACAGGACCAGGAGGAGCUACUACCUCAAUGAGAUCCAGAGCUUCGCAGGUGCAGAGAAGGAUGGCCGUAUUGUCGGCGAAAUAGCCUUCCAGCUGGACCGGCGUAUCCUGGCAUAUGUCUUCCCGGGCGUGACACGGCUCUAUGGCUUCACUGUGUCCAACAUCCCUGAGAAGAUCAAGCAGACCUCUGUCAAGUCCCUGGAUGGCUCGGUGGACGAAAAGAAGCUGCGCGAGCUGACACACCGCUACUUGACACUGACGGCGCGGCUGGAGAAGCUGGGCUACAACCGUGAGGUGCACCCAGUGUUCAGCGAGUUCCUCAUCAAUACCUAUGGCAUCCUGAAGCAGCGGCCCGACCUGCGCGCCAACCCGCUGCACAGUAGCCCCGCUGCUCUGCGCAAGCUAGUCAUCGACGUGGUACCCCCCAAGUUCCUGGGGGACUCACUGCUGCUGCUCAACUGCCUGUGCGAACUCUCCAAGGAGGACAGCAAGCCGCUCUUUGCCUGGUGAGCGCCUAGCGCCCGCUGCCUGUCCUACAAUAAACGUGUUUGUUCCAAACCCGGGGGCCACAGUGCCUCCUGCGUGUACCUGCCCCCUUCAGGGGGCAGGACGGGGUCUGCCCAGGGCGCAGACAGCCCCAGCGGGCACCUCUCAGGACUGGGCCGGCCCGAGGCACCCGGCCACCCACAGCUGCACAGUACUUGUCACACUUUAUUAAAAUCAUCUGUU